CGGUCUUGAGCAGGAAGUAAUGAAAGCCAGUCUGUUGAAGCUGGAAGGCGUUAAAACCUUGGUGUUGGGACGCCGUUCAAGGAAACGUCCCAGCGAUGACACCUGAGCUUUGGUCGACUUCGGACGGAGAGCUGAACGUCUAGUGUGCGGUCGCUCCAGCCCUCCGUCCUCCAUGCCCUCUGCAGCUGCAGACUUGGCUCGACAGGAGCACAAUGCGCCCAUGAACAGUCUGCGCAUCUCGGUCGGAGGCCUCCCCAUGCUGGCGACCAUGGCCAACCCCACGGACCCUCGUUUCCGCCUCAAGUGGCGGCCCAUCGUGGUGGCGGCCGCCUCGCUGGCCUUGGUCCUGCUGCUCUUGCACUUGAGCACGGGCCUGCACCCCCGCUCCUACAGCUCCAACAGCUGGAAGGCGAGCCGCGGCGACCCCCCGCGGGCCGACUCCCGCUACAACGACACCUACCCGCUCAGUCCACCCGAAUUCACUCCGCACGGCACCCGUUACCGCAUCGCGGUCAUCGCUGACCUGGACACGAACUCGCGCAGCGAAAAGAAGCUGGCGUGGUUCAGCUACAUGCGGCGCGGGCACCUUUUGGUGUCGCAGAACGGCGACAAGGUGUCCGUGGAAUGGGACGCGGAAAUGACGGUGUUGGAGAGCCACCUGGCCGAGAAGGGGCGGGGCAUGGAGCUGUCGGAGCUAGUGGUGUUCAACGGGAAGCUCUACAGUGUCGAUGACAGGACGGGCAUUGUCUACCACAUCCACGGCGACAAGGCUGUACCUUGGGUCAUCCUAACGGAUGGCGACGGCAACGUAGCUAAAGGCUUCAAAGCCGAGUGGCUGGCGGUGAAGGACGAGCAUCUGUAUGUUGGAGGUCUGGGGAAGGAGUGGACCACCACGUCUGGGGAAUUUGUCAACGACAACCCCGAGUGGGUGAAGUUGGUGGGGUUCCGCGGGGACGUGGAGCACCAGAACUGGGUCCCCAUGUACAAGUCACUGAAGUCCGCAGCGGGAAUACAACCUCCAGGUUACCUCAUUCACGAGUCGGCGGUGUGGAGCGACACGCUGCAGCGCUGGUUCUUCCUGCCCCGCCGCGCCAGCACGGAGCGCUACGAGGAGACGGCGGACGAGCGCCGGGGCACCAACCUCGUCCUGAGCUGCUCGCCAGACUUCAAAGACGUGACUGUUAGCCAGGGCGGCCCGCUGGACCCCACCCACGGCUUCUCCUCGUUUAAGUUCGUGCCCAACACGGACGACCAGAUCAUCCUGGCGCUCAAGUCAGAGGAAGACGCCGGGAAGAUCGCCACGUACAUCCUGGCCUUUACGCUGGACGGACGCAUCCUCCUACCGGAGACCAAGAUCGGGGACGUGAAAUACGAAGGCUUGGAGUUCAUCUAGAAGCAGCACUGAGGUUCCAUGUUGUUUACAAUCCUGUCACUGUUCUUGUCGCUGCUUCCUCUCUCUAAAGGACGGCCGUAAGGAUCAACUGCUGGACAAUGAGCGCCAGCAGAAGCAAUGGUAGCAAUGAGGAGUACUUUCCUCUCCAGGACAGCACUGUCUUCUUGUCAUCAUGAAUGUAAAAGACACUGAUUACAAUACGACUGUUUUUUCCUCCAGCACAUACUGUAUGUACAGUCUGUUGUUUUACUCUUGGCUCCAACAUUAAACACCUACUUUCUGGA